CGGGAGGGACCCCAGGCCAGCGCUUCCUCCCCAGCACCCCUAACGCCGCCGCUCCCGCAGCGCAGAACAGCCAUGAACUCCAGCACACGCCUGGGCUCAGGGGGACACAGGACAGACUCCUGCACAGGUCCGGGCUCAGGGACACAGCCAUGAACUCCAGCACAGGUCCGGGCUCAGGGACACAGGACAGACUCCAGCACAGGUCCGGGCUCAGGGACACAGGACAGACUCCAGCACAGGUCCGGGCUCAGGGGGACACAGGACAGACUCCAGCACAGGUCCGGGCUCAGGGACACAGGACAGACUCCUGCACAGGUCCGGGCUCGGGGACACAGCCAUGAACUCCAGCACAGGUCCGGGCUCAGGGACACAGCCAUGAACUCCAGCACAGGUCCGGGCUCAGGGACACAGCCAUGAACUCCAGCACAGGUCCGGGCUCAGGGACACAGCCAUGAACUCCAGCACAGGUCCGGGCUCAGGGACACAGGACAGACUCCAGCACAGGCCCGGGCUCAGGGGGACACAGGACAGACUCCAGCACAGGCCCGGGCUCAGGGACACAGCCAUGAACUCCAGCACAGGCCCGGGCUAGGGGGAACACACGACAGACUCCAGCACACGCCCAGGCUCGGGGGGACACAGCCAUGAACUCCAGCACGGGCCCGGGCUCAGGGACACAGGACAGACUCCAGCACAGGUCCGGGCUCAGGGACACAGCCAUGAACUCCAGCACAGGUCCGGGCUCAGGGACACAGCCAUGAACUCCAGCACACGCCCGGGCUCGGGGGGACACAGGACAGACUCCUGCACAGGUCCGGGCUCAGGGACACAGCCAUGAACUCCAGCACACGCCCGGGCUCGGGGACACAGGACAGACUCCAGCACACGCCCGGGCUCGGGGACACAGGACAGACCCCAGCACACGCCCGGGCUCAGGGGGAACACACGACAGACUCCAGCACACGCCCGGGCUCGGGGACACAGGACAGACUCCAGCACACGCCCGGGCUCGGGGACACAGGACAGACCCCAGCAUACGCCCGGGCUCGGGGGGACACAGGACAGACUCCAGCACAUGCCCGGGCUCGGGGGGACACAGGACAGACCCCAGCAUACGCCCGGGCUCGGGAGGACACAGGACAGACUCCAGCACAUGCCCGGGCUCGGGGGGACACAGGACAGACCCCAGCAUACGCCCGGGCUCGGGGGGACACAGGACAGACUCCAGCACAUGCCCGGGCUCGGGGGGACACAGGACAGACCCCAGCACACGCCCGGGCUCGGGGACACAGGACAGACUCCAGCACAUGCCCGGGCUCGGGGGGACACAGGACAGACCCCAGCACACGCCCAGGCUCGGGGGUACACAGCCAUGAACUCCAGCACACGCCCGGGCUCGGGGACACAGGACAGACCCCAGCACUCGCCCGGGCUCGGGGACACAGGACAGACUCCAGCACACGCCCGGGCUCAGGGGGAACACACGACAGACUCCAGCACAUGCCCGGGCUCGGGGAGACACAGGACAGACCCCAGCACAUGCCCGGGCUUGGGGGAUCACAGGACAGCAAGUCCGCCCUGGGUCCUGCCAUGCCGAGCCGUCCCCUUCUCCCAGAGGGAGACCCGCGUGGCCCUGGGCAAUGCCGACCCUGUCCGCCUGUCUCCUAGGGCAGCAUCAUUUCAGCUGCUGACCCGGCCAGUCCUCUUCUCUCCAGGCAGGGUCAGACCCACCUGUUAAAAACUUUAUAGAGGCGGCUGGGCGCGGUGGCUCAGGCUUGAAAUCCCAGCACUUUGGGAGGCCGAGGCGGUUGGAUCACGAGG